AUGUUUCAUUUAGUAUUUUUCCUUACGAUUUGCACAUAUGUCUAUGCUUAAACCAAAUUCUUAUUGCAAGGUCCUCUGCCUCUCAAUAUUGAUUGCAAAAUCUAAAGUCCAAUUGAGAAUGGGUUUAUCGGAAAUCAAUACUUUUAUAAUUCUCUAUCUUAAAAUGGAACCUUAUUAAAUUUGGAUAAGAUCACAUUUAGUUUAUGGAUGCAAGUUCAUUCAGAUCCAUAGUUGAAAGAAAAAUAAUUAAUAUUUGCUUUUUAUGACGGCAAUCAGACAGCUACUAUAAAUGUGAUGCUGUACUAUCAAACAGAAAAAGAUGGCACUUAUUUGUAUUUCAUAAACGAGAAAUUUUCAUAGUAAAUAAUAAAGCUAAAAAUAACUAUAAUCAAUAAAGUAUGGAAUUUUUUAUUUAUUUCAAUUGAUUAAAGCACUGAUAAUUGUUUUAUUAAUCUUAAAUUUUUUUCAAUCGGAGAUACUUCCAAUAAUCCUUAAUUUUUUCAAGCAAUUGAGACUUUAGUAAGCCAAAAAUUGCCAUAUAUUUUUAAUGAACGCUCAAGAAUAACAAAUGAGAUGUUUAAUGGAUUUUCUUCAAGAGAUCAAAAAGCUUGCAUAAAUAUAGCCAAUUUUUAUUAUAUCAAUGGGUGGAUUAGUAUGGACAAAGAGUUUUAUGUUGAUUACGAUUCAGAACUUAAAUUUCAAUUAAAGCCUUUUGCAAGUGAUGGAAUAGUUGUAAGUAAUACUUAUACUGAUAUUAUCUUGAGAAAAUUUACAAUCCCAAUUGAAUAUACUGGAAGUAUAGGGAUGAACUUUUAUAAAAAUACACAAAUAGUGUAUAAUUUUUUUGAAUAAUUGCCCUCAGUAACAAUAAUGUUUUGGGUAAAACCUUAAUCUCUUGUAUCUUCAUUUUAAUUUUUAUCAUUUACAGAUGAUGUAUUAUAAGAAACAAGCAUAGGUUUCGGAGUAAAUAAGCUUUACAAUUUAUUAUUUUAUUAAGGUUUCUCCAAAACACCAGUCUGUUCUUUGAGUUCGAAUGUAUGGAACCAUGUCACCGUUGGUAUUUUAGAUAUAAGUAUUAAUGAUGAUUUUAAGCCAUUAAAUUAAAGGAAAUUAUUGAGAAUCUUUAUUGGCAAUGUAGAACGAAACUUAACUAUAAUUACAAACGUUAAGCCUUAUUAAAAAUUAGUGUUAGGACCAGUAUUUAUGGAUGAUUAGGGGUCAGAAAUUGUUGAAAUUUAAGAUAUCAAAAUUUUUAAAGGAUUUGGAAUUAGAUAAACUUAUAAUUAAGAUUGUUAAAUAUUUGUUGGCAGCUAUUGUGCAUUUUGUAAACCCAGCACUCAUUUCUGUAAAGAAUAAGAUCCUAAUGACGAUUCAAAAUUUUAUAUAUGUCCAGCUGGAUAUAAAUAUGAAAAUUACCUAUGCAAAAAAAUAAUGAUUCCAAACUGUCUCAGGAUGUCAUCAUCAUCACCUUCAUGUGAAAUUUGUGAUUAGAAUUAUAACUUAAUUAGCGGUUUAUGCUAAUUAAAAAACUUAGCGGCAUCUUCCCCAUUCACUUGUAGUGAUACAAAUGCACAACUUUGCUCAUUCAACAUUACUUAAGAUGUAAUUCUAUAAUCUUCAAAUACUAAGCAAGUAAGUAAAUUAUGCAGCAAUAAUAAAUACUCCAAUGCUCAAUCAACAUGCGCUUUAAUAACAGUACCCAAUUGCGAUAAAGCUCAAUAUCAAAGUGGUUGUAGUUAAUGCAGCCCUUCCUAUAUAAUGACAGAUAAAAAAACUUGCGCAACUUCUUGUCUAAAUGCCUUAAGAUUUAUUGGAUAAAGCAAUAUCUGUGUAGGUAAGUGUGAUAGAUACCUCUUUAAAGCUGUUUGUUAAGGUCUGAAAUAUAAAAGCAUAUAAUAUAACUGUAGUCUUUAAAAGAAUUGUACAACUGCUGAAAUGGAUAUUGGUUAUUAUUGUUUGCCAAUAGAAUUCAGUGUUCCUGGUAAAACUCAAAAUUGCUUAAAAUUAACAGCAAAUUGCAAUUCAAUCUGCAAACAUUGUUUUGGAACUGAUAUAACUCAUUGUUUGGCAUGUUAUUCAGAUAUGUAUUAUAACCCUUAUAUGACAACUUGCAUGCCUAACUGCAAUAACGCAGCCAAAGGUAAUAUAUUUUUAUUUAAUAACAAAAUUAAAUGGUUGUGUGAAAAAGAAUGCCCAACUAACUUAUAUACAUAGAAUUCUGAUUGCGUUCAGAUAUGUAGUGCCGGAUAUAAAUUAUAUGAUAGAAAAUGUAUUCUAACAACUUAAAAUGCUACAUAUGGAGUAUUAUAAGAUUUCCCUAACAAUGCACCACCCACUUAAAUGGUCGUACUUAAGUAUUGUCCUUAAUUUUGUAAAUAAUGUACAAGUGAAGCUGUAUGCACUAGUUGUUUAAAUCAAUAUCCAAUGGAUUAAAAUAUGUGUGUUGAGUCAUGCCACCCUCAAUACUUAGAAGUAAUAGAUAACAUUGGUUCGUGUAGAAUGUCUUGUGACCCUCAUGAUUUGAUUUAUGAUAAUGAAGACAUUAAUGGAUAUAAGAUUAAAUAAUGCUUUAAGAUAAAAUGCGGAUCUAUAAGAGUCAAUAAAGAUUAUUAAACUUUUCUUCAUUAAUCUGACUCUCAUCGAUGUAUGUAUCCCUGUGACGACGGAUAUUAUGGUAAUACUUUACUUUUAUAAUGCUUACCUUGUAAUCCUAUUUGUGCUACUUGCUCAUAGAGUGCAAUCUACUGCACUUCUUGCCCAUACUUUAAGUUUUUAGAUUAAUCUGGCUGUUACGAUUCUUGUUAAGGUAAGUAUCAAAAUUAUUUGAACUCAAAAUGUGAAGGAUCAUGUUCAUUAGGAUUUUAGGUAAUGGACGUGGCUAAAAGUAUAUUUGCAUGUGUUGAAUAUUGUGGAGCUAACUAUCCGACUUAUUUAUAUUCUUGGAAUAAUAGAUGUUAUGAAGAAGCACCAACGAUAGGAGCUUAUUGUGUAGACAAGAAUUGUUAUAAUUGUAAUUAUAAGUGUAAAACCUGUUUUGGUCCUGACUAAAAUCAAUGUUUAAGUUGUAAGGCUAAAUCAUAUUUACUUAACAAUGAGUGUGUGAAACAGUGUUAUCCACUAUAUAAUGAUAAUAUAAAAUGGGAAUGUGUUGAUAAAUGUACUGAUUCCAUUUAAACUUAUGGUCCACAAGUUGUUAAUGGUUCGACAUAAACAGUUACAUAUUGUUCAGUAACUUGCUUGUUUAAUCAGUAUCAAUUCAAAGAAAAAUGCUAUAAUUCUAAACCUGCAGAAACCUAUUGCUUAUAGAGAACCAAUUAUUUAUUUUGUGAUAGCUGUGCCUCAGUUUGCAAAGAAUGCCAAAAUGCUUACUCUACAUCCUGUUCAAGAUGUGCCCCUGGUGCUUAUAUCUAUGGAACUACCUGUUAUACAGAUUGUCCGGACAAUGCACCUUAUAAGGAUACAGGCAGACUUUAAUGCGUGACGAAUUGUGAUUACUAUGCUGAAAAUGGAAUUUGCGUUUAUUCCUGCUCCUCUUCCUAUUACUAAUAUCCAGAAAUGAGAACAUGUUACCAAAUGGGCUGUCCUAUGGGUACUUAUAAUAUUAAACCUUAUAAAAUUUGCUAUAAAUGUUACACUGGAUGUGCCACUUGCACUAGUGGAUAUUAAAAUGGAUGUUUGACUUGCUAAGUUGGAUACUUUAUGAAUGGAGGGACAACUUGUAUCAAUAAAUGCAUUGUUGAACCUGAUUUAGUUUAAGAUUGGGUUAAUAGCAAAUGUGUUUAAUAAUGUCCUUUUGGAACUUUCAUAAGAACAUUAGAUAAUGGAGCACUUGCUUGUACUGAAGAUUGUCCCAAAUAUUAUUAUUCAAACAUAUGCGUUUCUGAAUGUCCUAGCUAAACCUAUUUAGAUAAAAAGAUUUGCAAAAGUUGUGCUGGUCCUUGUUCAGAAUGUUUUGGUGUUAAAGUAUUUGAGUGCACUAAAUGUGAUAUUGGUUAUUAUAGAGAUGAAACAACAUGCUAUGCUGUUUGCCCUGACCCAAAGCCUUAUGCAAAUUUAGCUGACUCAACAUGUGUGACUACUUGUCCUGACUACUUAUAUUUGAAAAAAAAAUAUUGCUUUAGUCCUUGUCCUGGAUUUUUAUACUAAUAUGAAUUAAAUGGUAAGAAAGAAUGUGUAGAUUAAUGCUAUUCAAAUUCAUACUUAUGGCUUGGGAAAUGCUAUUAAUGCGAUCCCAUUUGUAAGGAGUGUUUUGGGCCUAAUAAUGGUAAUUGUCUUGAAUGUCAACUUCCUUAUUUUUUGGAUGAAUAGACUUGUGGGAACACUUGUCCUCAGUUUUAUGAUUUAACUGAUCAUGUCUGCAAGGAUGCAUGUCCUGUUAAUUUAGUAAUCUAAGGAAUGAAUUGUUAAAAUGAAUGUGAUUUAGGAUAUUUAGUGUAUAAUUAAGUUUGUGUAAAUACUUGUCCAAAUUUUGCAUAUCAAGUAGGUGAUCACUGUUAUGAUUGUAAUUUAUAUUGUAGCACUUGUUUUGGACCAACAGCUGAUGAAUGUUACUCUUGCAUAGAUAAUUACUUUUUAUAUUAACAGAGUUGUAAAUCAGUGUGCCCUCAUUUUUAUAAUAAAGAAAAUAAAACUUGUAUGGAAAAUUGUAGUAAUAUGUAUGAAAUAGCAGAAAAAAAAGAAUGCGUUACAACAUGUCCAUCAUAAUAUAUCCUCUGUGAAUCUAAGUGUAUUUUAGUUCUAGAAGAUGGAUAUUAUUUAAACGGUAAUCAAUGUGUAAAAUGUGAUCCUAAAUGUUCCAAAUGCACCUCAGCAACAGUUUGCUAAGCUUGCGCCAAAAAUUUUUAUCUAGAAGUAACUUCAUGUGUCAAUUUUUGCUCAAAUGAAUAUUUGUUCAUGGAUCCCAUUUCAAGUUCAUGUGUCACUAAAUGUCCUUCUACUUUAUACCAUUUAGAAUCGUUUGGUAAAAGGUUCUGUGUUUCAGAUUGCCCUUAUAAACUUUAUGAUCAAUGUGUAUCAGCUUGCCCAAGUGGAAUGUAUCCAAAAGAUACUAUUUGUACUUAAUGUCCAAAAUAUUGUAAUGAAUGUGAGUCAGCUACAAAAUGCUCAUCCUGUUUAUUUGGCUAUUAUUUAUAAGAUGAACAAUGCUAACUAAGUUGCACAAUUGGAAAGACUGAUAGAAAGAAUAUUAAAUGUGUUGAUGAAUGUGACCCUACUUUAUUUGAAUACUAAAAUGAAUGCUUAGAAAAUUGUCCUACUGAUCCAAUUGUCUAUAAGAAUAAAUAAAUCUGUGCUCUUAGUUGUCCAAUAGCCACAUAUUAAGAUGCAUAAGAGUGUCGAGAUUGUGAUUCAUCAUGUACAUCAUGUAUUGGCCCUUCAUAUUAAGAUUGCAUCACUUGUUCAAAUGGAUAUUAUCUAGAUAAUCAAAUUUGCACUUAAACAUGCUCAAAUUUAUAUGAUGAAGUUAACAAAUAAUGUGUACUUACUUGUCCUACUAAUCUCUACUUAGAUCUUGAUAAAUGUGUUGCAAUUUGUAGUAUAUAUGAGUACAAUAGCGUAUGUGUUAGUACCUGUCCACCAUUAACGUACUUUUUGAAUAAAAAAUGCCAUGAUUGUUCAGAAAACUGUUAGGAAUGUAAUUCUAUUGGUUGUAUCAAAUGUGCUGUUGGCACCUAUUUAGAUGAUGGAUUAUGUAAUAAUUAUUGCCCAUAUUAUUACAAUGAUGUUAAUAAUGAAUGUGCUUAAUUAUGUCCUAAAGAUACAUAUCUAUAUAUUGACCAUUGUUAUUCUCAAUGUCCAUUGAGUACUUUUUAGUAUAAGAAAGAUUGUCUUUUAGCUUGUCCAUCUUUAACAGUCUUAUAGAAUACUUAAUGUGUAUAAUGUCCUGAAAGAUGUUUGACUUGUAAGAAUGAAUAUGAAUGCUCUAAAUGUGAAAGUCCAUACUUUUUAUUUAAUGGCUCUUGUGUUAUACAUUGUCCAUUAUAACUACCAUUUGAAGAUAUUACUAAUGGCUAGUGCGUGUCUGUUUGUCCACCAGAAGCUUAUGAGAGAGGAUAUGAAUGUAUAAAAGAAUGUAAUUUAAUCAUAUACUAAAAAUAAUGUCUUUAAGCAUGUCCUACUGGAUAUUAUGGUAAUGAUUAUUGUAAGCCUUGUCGAUUAGAAUGUAAAGCAUGUUCAACUUUUGAGGUUUGCACUGAAUGUAAUGAUAACUUUUUCCUUGAAUACAAUUAAUGUGAUACAUAAUGUACAAAAAUUAAGGAUUUAAAAUCCAAAUCAUGUGUUGAUACAUGUAACUCAUUACUAUAUAAAAAUGUUUGUUAUCAAACUUGUCCUUAAAAUACUUACGAAAAUACGAAUGAAUGUGUUUUAAGUUGUAAUGAUGGCUAUUAUGGUUCUUAAGACUUUAAAUGUAUAAAGUGUCCUUAAUAAUGUGGAACUUGUACUAGUGUUUUAUAAUGUACUAAAUGCAAUAUUGGAUAUUUUCUUUACAAUAAGUAAUGUUUGGACUAAUGCCCAGGAUCAUUUUUUUCUAACCCUAUACUUAAUGAAUGCUCAAAUAAAUGUCCUUUAACUACAUUUAUAUUUUAAAAUUCAUGUCUUUUUGAAUGUCCAUCUGAAUAUUUAAAUGAUAUGGAAAAUUAUAAAUGUGUGAAUAGUUGUGGAUCUUAAUAAUAUUUAAGUAAAAAGAACUGUUUAAGUUGUGCAAUAGAAUGUGAUUCAUGUACUGGAAGAGGAAAUAAUAAUUGUAUCAAAUGUGCAAGCGGAUUUACAUUAACUGAAGAUGGAAUUUGCUUAGGCAGUUGUAAAGAUGGAUAUUAUAAGUCAGAUAAUUCAUGUCAACAAUGUUUACAUAAAUGCUAAACAUGUGAAAAUGGAACUGAUUGUAAAAAAUGUAGAGGUACUAAUCGAAACCUUGAAGAUUGUUCUUGUUAAAAAGGAUAUUAUGAUGAUGAAUAUUAGGAUGAUUGUAAAAGAUGUCCUUGUGAUGAAUGUACUGCUGCUGAUAAUUGUCUUAUAUGUAAAAACAAUUUAUAAGUUCCAAAAUGUUCUUGUGAUAGAGUACUCAAUCAAGAUUGGUGUAUAACAUGUCAAGUAGCAAAAGUCAAUAUUUAUUACACUGAUGAUCUUAAUGAAAUAAUUGUUCAUUUUGGUUAUUUGAUUUCCGUUGAUUUAAUCAAUCCAUUUUAACCCUUCAAAUUGUUCAUUGUGGUUUGA